UCUCACCAUUUCUUUCUCAUCUUUCUCGGCUUUUUCUGCUGAGGUAACAGCAGAAACAACUUAAUGGGGAACUGUUGGAGUUUUCAAUCAUCUUCUGCUGUCGAUCACCGCAACUCCAUUUCUGCCCCCAACCCCAACAAUCAAUCAGGGAGUAUUCAGUUUUCUGCCGGUACAAGCAACAGAAGAUUAAUACAGAGCAGUAAUUCUACUUCUCUUGGGCAGAGCAGCCACUCUGGAGGAUUCAGCAGGUUCUUUGGAGCAAGUAGUAGUAAUAAUUACUCAACAGGCAAUAACACUAGCACAUCCUUUUGGGGCUCUGAGAAUAGCCAAGCCUCUCGAGGGAGGGACGAAGAAGAGAGGGGGCAAAUCUUGGAUGUUGCAGAUUUGAGGGCAUUUACCUUGGCAGAACUGAAAGCAGCCACCCAAAAUUUCAGACAUGGCAGUCUGUUAGGAGAGGGGGGAUUCGGUAAAGUAUACAAGGGUGUCAUUAGAAGUGAGGGGUUGCCUAUUGCCAUCAAGAAGUUGAAUUCCGAAAGCAAGCAAGGAAUUGCGGAAUGGCAGUCAGAGGUUAAUUUCUUAGGGAGGCUUUCUCAUCCCAAUCUUGUUAAAUUGUUGGGAUUUGGUAGGGAAGAGAGUAAACUGUUUCUGGUGUAUGAAUUUAUGCCUUGUGGGAGCUUGGAUAACCACCUAUUUGGAAGAGGAGCAAAUGUUCGGCCACUUUCUUGGGACACAAGGCUAACAAUUAUGAUUGGAGCAGCUAGGGGGCUUCAUUUCCUUCACAGCUUGGAGAAUGCCAUUAUAUACAGAGAUUUUAAACCCUCAAAUAUUCUCCUCGACUCAACGUAUGCGGCAAAGUUAUCAGACUUUGGCUUAGCGAAAUCUAUGACUUCGCCUGAUCAGAGUCACGUAUCAACACAUGUUGUGGGAACACACGGCUAUGCUGCUCCUGAGUACAUUGCAACAGGUCAUUUGUACGUGAAAAGUGAUGUGUAUGGAUUUGGAAUAUUUUUGGUGGAGUUGCUGACUGGGAAGAGGAUUACUGGUAUAAUGCAACUAUGUGAGGAAACGUCGUUGAGGGAUUGGGUGAAAAGAAAUCUUGUAAACAGAGGGUAUAUAAGAAGCACCAUGGAUGCAAAGUUGGAAGGGAAGUAUCCACCAAACUUAGCUUUAGAAACGGCUCAACUAGCUCUCAAAUGCAUCCAAAUAGAGCCCAAAGUAAGGCCAUCGAUGAAAGAAGUUCUUGAAAGAUUGGAACAGAUUGAAGCAGCCAAUGAAAAACCAGCUGAUAACAGAAGACGGGUUAAUCGUUCUCGUCUUGUUCAACAACAUGGCCCUCCAGAUGGUGGCUAAUUGAACUGAACCCAUCAUCAUCAUAUUCCCUUGCAGCUGAUAGACUGCUUAAAAAAGUGGACUUGAAGAUCAUAUUGCUAGAAGAAGUGCCUUUUCUCCACUGGCACAAAUGAAAAGGAUCAGGGGUUGUAUCUGGCUUUGGAGCGAAGGCCUGAGGGUUAAGUCUGUGAGACUUGUUUUGGGCACCCCAAAACAAAGACAAAGAGAGUUCAAGCUUCCCUGGUAUUGAUAAUGAAGAAGGUGCUCCAUGUCCAUCUCUCCUUUUCCAUUAAUUUUUCCACUUAUUUCUUCUAUGGAGUUUGUAUUGAAUGUGUGAAUGUUGAAUAUUUAAUCUUUAUGUAAUUAUUUCAAUUUUUUAAA